GGAGACAGUGAGAAAGAGAGAGAGAGCUGGGGGGAGAGAGAGAGAGCAAGCGUGAGAGAGCAGGAGAGUGAGAUGACAGGCAGGAAAUGCCUGGAGUCACAGGACUGAAAUAAAGCAGAACAGAGUAUAACUGGAUGACCAGGGGGAGCUGUCUGUGCCAGGGAGAGGGCCAGAGGUUUAGCCAGCUGCAAGGGCAUCCUGUGUCUCCUCUUACCUACUGACAGAAGUGGAGAAAGGAGAGUGAGGAAGACUGACAGAGAGACGAGAGGAGAGCAACAGACAGGCCUGUAGAAGCUGUAGCAGUAUGAAUGGUCACCGAGGUUUCUCUGUGCUGCGUUCUGAGGCAGCAGGGGCUGUGAGGACAGCUCUGGUGUCUGCUGAGAACCUCCAGCUCACCUUAAAGACUGAACUCAGCCAGGAGGAGCAGCACCUCACACCCCACACACACACCAAUGGAGGCCCCGAUGAGACACACACCAAAGGGUACUGUACAGAAGUGAAUGAAGACCUUAAAGAGAUGCUUGAGAGCAACAAGGAGUCGCUUAAACUGGAGGCCAUGAAGAGGGUUGUUGGGCUGAUCGCAAAGGGGAAGAAUGCCUCUGAGCUGUUCCCAGCAGUGGUGAAGAACGUGGCUAGUAAGAAUAUAGAGCUGAAGAAGUUGGUGUAUGUGUACCUGGUGAGGUAUGCAGAGGAGCAGCAGGACCUGGCUCUACUGUCCAUCAGCACCUUUCAGAGGGCCCUCAAGGACCCUAACCAGCUGAUCAGAGCCAGUGCUCUCAGGGUUCUGUCCAGUAUCAGAGUCCCAAUCAUCGUUCCCAUCAUGAUGCUGGCCAUCAAGGAGGCUGCCUCCGACAUGUCCCCUUACGUCAGGAAAACAUCCGCCCACGCCAUCCAGAAACUCUACAGCCUGGACCAGGAUCAGAAGGAGCUCCUGAUAGAAGUAAUUGAGAAACUGCUGAAGGACAAAAGCACAUUGGUAGCAGGCAGCGUUGUGAUGGCCUUUGAGGAGGUGUGUCCGGACCGUAUUGACCUGAUCCAUAAGAACUACCGUAAACUCUGUAACCUGCUAGUGGACGUGGAGGAGUGGGGCCAGGUGGUCAUCAUCUCCAUGUUGACACGCUACGCCAGGACACAGUUCACCAGCCCCUGGAAAGAGGACGGUGUGUUUGAUGAGCACAAUGAGAGGGCGUUCUAUGAGUCUGAUGAGGAAAAGACUAGAGAUGAGACUGAGGCCAAGCCCUACAUGAUGGACCCUGACCACAGACUGCUGCUCAGGAACACCAAGCCUCUACUACAGAGCAGAAACACUGCCGUGGUGAUGUCUGUAGCCCAGCUGUACUGGCACCUGGCUCCUAAAAACGAGGUCAGCAUCGUCACCAAAUCUCUGGUCAGACUGCUCAGAAGCCACAGAGAGGUGCAAUACAUUGUGUUACAGAACAUAGCCACCAUGUCCAUCCAGAGAAAGGGCAUGUUUGAACCUUACAUGAAGAGUUUUUAUGUGAGAUCCACAGAUGCCACUCACAUCAAAUCACUCAAGCUGGAGAUCUUGACCAGCCUGGCCAACGAAGCCAACAUCUCCACCAUCCUUAGAGAGUUCCAGACCUAUGUGAAGAGCCAGGACAAGCAGUUUGCUGCCGGUACCAUCCAGGCCAUAGGCAGGUGUGCCACCAACAUCUCUGAGGUCACAGACACCUGCCUCAAUGGACUGGUGCUGCUGCUCUCCAACAGAGACGAGACGGUGGUCGCGGAGAGUGUGGUGGUGAUCAGGAAGCUGCUCCAGAUCCAGCCCACCCAGCACAGUGAUAUCAUCAAACACAUGGCCAAACUCUUUGACAACAUCACUGUGCCGAUGGCGCGGGCCAGCAUCCUGUGGCUAAUGGGAGAGUAUUGUGAGAGGGUCCCUAAGAUCGCCCCUGACGUCCUCCGCAAGAUGGCCAAGAGCUUCACCUCCGAGGAGGACAUCGUCAAGCUCCAGAUUGUCAACCUGGCUGCCAAACUCUACCUCACCAACUCCAAACAGACUAAGCUGUUGACCCAGUACAUUCUGAACCUGGGGAAAUAUGACCAGAACUAUGACAUCAGAGACCGCACGCGAUUCAUCCGCCAGCUCAUUGUGCCCAAUGACAAGAACGGAGCGCUCAGCAAGUACGCCCACCGCAUUCUGCUGGCGCCCAAACCAGCACCUGUCCUCGAGUCUGCCUACAAAGACCGCGAUCGUUACCAGUUGGGAACCCUGUCCCACACCAUCAACACCAAAGCCAGUGGCUACCUGGAGCUCUCUGAUUGGCCCGCCGUGGCUCCUGACCAAUCAGUGAGGAAUGUGGAGGUGAUUGAGCCGGUGAAGGAGUGGGCUCCAUCUCUAGGGAAGACUGGGAAAUCCAAGCCUGCCAAGUCAUCAGAUGACAAGUUCUACUCUGACUCUGGAGAGGAGGAGGAGGAGGAGGAGAAGGGAUCAGGGAGCAGUAGCAGUGAGGAUGGCAGUAGUAGUAGUAGUAGUAGUGAAGAGUCAGGCAGCGAUGCAGAGAGCCAUGUCCAGAAGAACAGCAGUCAGAGCAGUGAGGAGUCAGACAAGUCCUCCAGCCAAUCAGAGAAGAGUUCCAGUGAAUCUGACUCUGAAAAGAAGGAGAGGAAAACUAAGACCCCACUACAGAAGAAGACAGUCAAACCAACCGCCAAAGACGGUGAUUCGGAUGAGAAUGGGAACGUUGCUAAAGAAGCCAACAGUUCGUCUGCAGGAGAGAGCUCCUCUGACUCAGAAUCAGACUCUGACACCCACACAGACUCUGACUCAGGCACCGAACACAAGAAGAAGACCAAGUCUAAAGCCAAACCCAAGGUGGAGGUGAAGUCAAAGAAGGAGGUGUCUCUGUUGGAUCUGGGUGACUUCACUCCUGCACCAGUGACCCAGCACAAGUCUUCUGUCCUCUCUCCUAGCCUUCUAGGAGACCUGGAGGGCCUGUCACUCUCCAAUGUCUCCUCCACCAUCCAGUUGAGCGGUCCAGCGUUUGUCCCAGAGAAGAGCCAUGACCUGCUGCACCGUAUGACAGGUAAAGGUCUGUCAGCCCAGUACCAGUUCCCCAGACAGCCCUGUCUCUACCAGCCCACCAUGGUCUCAGUCCAGAUCAGCCUGACCAACACCACAGACCACCCUCUGGAACAGAUCCACAUUGGAGACAGGAGCCCCACAGGACUCAACAUACACUGCUUCAAUACUAUAGAGUGUCUGGAGCCAGAGGCCUCAGUGACUGUUUUCAUCGGCAUCGACUUCAACGACUCAACACAAGCAGCCAACUUCCAGCUGUGUACGAAGGAGGACCAUUUCAGUGUGUCCAUCCAGCCUGCCAUAGGGGAACUCCUCCUGCCCAUCACCAUGACCGAACUGGACUUCCGCAAGGAAUCAGGUAAACUUCUGGGCAUGAAUGAGAGCUCGGCAACCAUCACCAUGGCAGCAGAGAACAUGACCAGCCAACCAAUCAGCAGACCAGUGGCAACCGUGGCCAACCUGGGAAUGGUUCCAUCCAGUCAAGACAACGUCCACAGGUUUGCUGGUAAGACGGCCAGUAGUGGAGCUGUGGUGCUGGUGACGGUGGAGCUGAGGGAGUCGUCUACAGCCCUGAUCACCAUCAACACAGAGAAGAGUGUCAUGGGCUCCAUGCUGCUCCGAGACCUUAAACUGGCCCUGGCCCAGACCUAGAGUCUACAGCGCCCCCUAGCCCUAGUCCUCCAACACAGGGAGAAAUGCACAGCUGCCAUGGAGAGGUCUCAUACACAUGCAUGCAAAAACACACAUACACUCACACAUACACAACAUUUAUUUCUGUCUCCCAAUCUCAGUUCUUCUUCCUCUCUUUCAUUCUCUGUCACGCAAAUAUACACUUACAUGCAGGCAAAGAGAUUGAUAUGGUUUCUCUCAUGCUUAAACAUCCUCUCAUACGGUACACACUCAUACACACACCUCAUCAUAUUUUUUUACACUGUGACAGUCUAUUGUCAGCAAUGAGCAUCAAUGUUCAUUUAAACAGGACUCUUGUUUCUCCCUAGACCUGAGACUCUGUGUCUCCUGAGACUCUGUGUCUCCCUAGACCCGAGACUCUGUGUCUCCCCAGACCCGAGACUCUGUGUCUCCCCAGACCGGAGACUCUGUGUCUCCCCAGACCGGAGACUCUGUGUCUCCCCAGACCCGAGACUCUGUGUCUCCCCAGACCCGAGACUCUGUGUCUCCCCAGACCCGAGACUCUGUGUCUCCCCAGACCCGAGACUCUGUGUCUCCCCAGACCCGAGACUCUGUGUCUCCCCAGACCCGAGACUCUGUGUCUCCCCAGACCCGAGACUCUGUGUCUCCCCAGACCAGGUAACCAAAAAUGUGUUCAUCAUUCAAUGAGGUCUGUAUCACUUUUGGUGAAAAGAACUGAAUAUAUAUUAAAACUGUAACGUGAAUUAUGGUUGUUGACGGUUGUUUUGAAUGAGUCUCUCUUGAUUGUGGUGCUUUGUGUGUUUGGUUAGUGUGUCGGGUUGUUUUCCAGUGUGUUUGUGGGUAGGGUUGUGGUGCAGUGUGACUAACUGGGUCUUGGGUUCGGUGCGUUGGCUAUGUGUGUGUUGGGCUAGGAUGCAAUGUUGGGUUGGGUUAGGGUGCUGUGUUUUGUGUCUGGUUGUGUUAGAGUAUAGUGUGUUUGUGUGUUGGGUGCAGUGUUUGUGUUGUGGUUUGUCUGGCUGUGUUUUCCAGCUCAUAAGCGAGGUGUCUCUCAGGGCUAUAGAGAACACCGGUUAGAUCAUCCAUCACCUCUCCCUACGCACGUACUCCCCCUGCCAGCUGUUCAUCACACACACACACACCGACAGGCCAUAGACAAUCACUACAACAGACCGCAAAAUAUUUUUUCACACCCACUUCUUCUGCCAUUUUCCCCUCUCAGACACACACAGCGAGAGCUGCAACUGGCAGUGUAUAGAAACGGCUUUAUCUGCCAUUAUGACACAAGCCGUUAAGGCCUACUGCAGCUGUAACUUACAGCUCCGUCUGACCCACACACACACAAAUCUGGAGCUUUUACACUCUCGGCUUGACGUUUUUAUGUCCCAUUUAGAGAAGGAAUGGCCUGAUGCUAAAUCAGACUUUACUCAACACAGACGUGCUGGCCUGAUGCUUCAUACUUGUAGCUUACUGGGCUGAACUGAAGUCAUGUAUGUUUGCAUUAGAUAUUGUUUCCACUAUGGAGAUUGGUUCAGUGUUGUUGUAAUGAAUAUGUACGGUAUCUUAGAUGCUUUCUUUCAUGUUCCAGUUAACAUUAGGGAAAGGGGGAUACCUAGUCAGUUGUAAAACUGAAUGCCUUCAACUGAAAUGUGUCUUCUGCAUUUAACCCAACCCCUCUAAAUCAGAGAGGUGCGGGGGACUGCCUUAAUCGACAUCCACGUCUUCGGUGCCCGGGGAACAGUGGGUUAACUGCCUUGCUUGUGCAGAACACAGAUUUCUACCUACUCAGCUCAGGGAUUCGAUCCAGCAACCUUUCGUUUACUGGCCCAACGCUCUAACCACUAGGCUAUCAUUAUCAGACAUAUUUAUAGGAAUUUGUGUGAGAGACUGGGUUUGAGCCGGGAUUAACUGUGGGUCACAAGACUGUGUAAGCCCGCUAAACGGAAGCUUAAGUACUGUGAAUGCAAUUUCCCUUCACGUUCGGGCAUUAGAAGGUUUGGGCAUUAGAAGGUGUAGUGUAGUAAAGAACCUCUAGUGUGUGUGUGGGGGGGGGGCCUUACGUCUGUUUUGGCAACACUAAGUCAACAUCCAACAGACUGUACAUUUUACUAGAUUGGCAUUUUCCAUUACAACACAAAUCAGGAAAUACGUGAGAGCGGACAAUUAUCAUUUGAUAACAACAAACAAAGGUGGUACCAACAGCAUGUUCAUUUAAAUAUUCUGAGUGGCUGAGUGACCUGAUUCUCUGGAUGCCUCUCCCCAAUAGCUAAACAACCAUACCUUCUGUGCAUGUGCUACUUUAUUGUGAAAGGUAUGUUGUACAAACCUCUUAGUCUGCUGUUACUUUAAAGAACAUGAUGAUCAACAUGUUGUACAACGGUCCGCGAGUGAAACUCUGAAAUGAACACUUAUUUCAUAGUAGACACUAGAUGCAGUUCUAAUAAACAGAGUGGUUUCUGUUUUCUUCCUUCAAAUAUGGCUCUAUCUUUUGAAUGGUUUAUUAAGCUACAACAUAUUAUGACCCCAUCACUGAAAAGAUAAGACUCUCAGGAACACAUGUGUCUUCUGUUUCCCUCUACAAUGACCACAAGCUGUUCAAGGCUCAUUAGAACAGAGUGGACAGGACCAGCCACUAAAUCAGAGGGGGAAAAGAACCUCAUCAAUGAUGACACAGAAGAUCAUACAAAAUGAUUGCCUGAUGAUCUUCUGAACAUCCCAAUACCUUUCUGAUGCAUUUCAGUUACUUCCAACCAUACUUCCUUCAGAUUGAAUACUGUCAAAAGUACGGUCAGGCUGAUUUGUAAUAGACUGUCAUAGCCCCAAAGUAAACAUUGGCCUUUGAUUACAUAAUGUUUUGUUACAUGGUGUUGUGGUUUUAUUUUUUUGCCAAAUGGGAUCGCACGUCAAAGUUACUGUUAACGACAUCAUCAACAUGUUGGACAAACGUCUUUGUCUGUUGUAACUAUAAUGACGUUGUAAUACAGAACACAAGCAGGACACAGACAGGCAGUCUAAGUAGCAAUUUAAUGUUCUUAAUUAUUUCAUUCAUUUGAUUUAUUUUCCUCAAUAAAACAAAAGUUUAUUUUUGGUGUUUGGCAAAAUUGAAGCAUGAUAGCAGACAUAUCUUAGAUAGUUAUGUUGAUAAGGUUUUCAUCUGACUAGCUACCUGAUCUGACUGAUUAAAGGAACGGAAACAUUACAGUGCUUAUUA